UGCAUGUGAACUCCAUGCACUGCGAAUAGACAUAAAGUCAUAAUAUACUCUUUUAAUAGCAAUCAUUUAAUUUGUUUUGUUUUAACUCUUUCGAAUCAAAAUAUGUAAUAUUUUCCCUAAUAAAUAAAUACUAGCCACGUUUCGAGUAUCAUUAUAAAAUUCUCAGUGCUAAUGGCUGUUCAAACCGUGUCCGUGAGUAACACGUGAUACAGAAAUGUGAUUGUGGUUUUUGUUGACCUUUGAUCUUUACUGUGAAGUUUUGUCUUCACUGGCAAAAAGUUGCAAAGCCGGAAGAAAGGUUGAAAAGCCGGAGAAGUGCGAAAGAACUGCAUUUACGUGCCUAAAAAGGCUAAAAUAUUUGUUUUAAAAGUUUUACACCGUUGGGUACUUAUCAGAGAAUCUUCUAUACUAAUUUCCUGGCCGAGCUGAGGCUUUUACGUUUCCUACCGUUGGAUAAUCAGCGUGAUAAGUCGCGUCUCAACAUCGGACAGUCGAGUGUCGUUUUGAAGUGACCACUUUCCUCGAGGCUGUGUUUGUCCUAGUUUGUGUUUAUGUGAAUUAAUCUACAGUAGCUGUAACAAGAUAUUGUAGACAUGGAUGAGAUUGUACAACUACUUCAGAAGUUACUUCCCCAGUUGUCAGUAGAUUUGAUUGAGGUAACAAAAGAUAAAUUGAUUGGGAUGGGAGUUGAUAGUGUUGAAGAUCUACAACUUCUUCAAGAGCAAGAUUUGACUGAUGUGCUUAAACCGAUACAAAUAAGAAAAUUAUUGCGGCAUUGUGGGGCAGCAAAAGCCUCUGUUGCACAAAUAACUAUGCCUGCAUUGCCCUCCUGGAAGGACACUUCAAACACGACACCAGUGAAUAGUAACACCAGUUCACUUAAUUCACCAUGUUCCGGACGAAAUACUCCAAUUCAGUUUGAUGAUAUUGAUAUCCAAUCAGAUAAUGAUAGUGCAUCUGGAGGGAAGACAAGUAACUACUGGAUCAAUAAUUUCCAAAUACCCUGGAAUAAAUUUCCUAAAUCUUUGCUCGAUGCCUGUACCAGUAAGGUACGACCAACACCGCGUGAUAGACGUGAGAUGGUACGAAUAAUAUGUGAUGAUAUUAAAAUGCACACCUCACUUCCUGGAAGAAGAAACCUGGCCCGUAUUGCCGAAAUGAUGGUAUCCAAGUACAAGGAUUCAUUCUGUGACACUAUUGGUGAUACUGUUAUUGGUUCGGGUUACGAAUCGCUGCGAAAACAACUUGAAGAAAAGAUGGCAAACCUAAAUAGAAAAGCUGGCAAAGCUAUUGUAAAGUUGAGUGUUUCCAGUGAUGAUGAUAAUGAUUCUGAAACCAAAAUCAAAGGGAAAAAAAGACCUGGAGCUGAUUCAUACGGAUGUAUAAACUGGCAACCCGAUGCGCUUCCUACAAACGAGACACCUAGCAGUCAAAAAUCGAAACAAGAUUGGCUUGUUUCAGAGUUUCCUAAGAAAAACCAGGACAAAAACAAAGUUUUGCAAUUUAUGGAAAAUACGUACACAUCUCAGCGUCUUUUAAUCAACCAAACUGAUCCAAACCCUGUGCCAGUACAAGAAGUUCAAAUCCAGUGGCCUUUCUUAUUUGAGAAAGAUUGCAUGUUCCAGCAUUUUGAACUUCUUAUGGGAUUUAAGAUCCAGAAAGUCAUGAUAGAAAGUAUUGGAGACAAAGCGGAUACCAUAUUCAAGUUCAUGAAAGAGUGUGUUGUUCCUUCAAAGAAAAACCUGAAGCAAUUGCUUAUUCGUAUAGAAGCUGCUAUGUCUGCAGAGAAAAUGCAAGUACCCCAGAUUGAUGGUGUAUUUCUAAUGCUUUUGGCGUACUUUGAAGAACCUCAAGAGCUUAUGAUUAAGUCAUUUGAUGUAACUGCCACUGUUACAGAAGUUGUGAAAAACUGUCCUACAACACCAUACAUAUCUGUAUUUGGCGAUGAGUUGCUGGGGGAAAGGUGCUGUUUGGUGGUGGAUGGUAUUGUGGUAAACGACUCUCUCACAAGCAUAGCUGAAGGAAUGAUGAUGUUGUUUGCCUCAUACUAUGUGUUAAAUAUAGCAUAUCCCGACGAGUUAGCAGCUACUUUGGAAUUCAUUCAAAGAUGUUUUCUCAAUUUAAACCCAGAAAAAGGGAACAAAAGAUCCAAAAAGAAAGGGAAACAACAUUCCAUUAACCCUAAGGUUUUAACCUUAGCAAACACAUUAAAAGACUAUCAAAGCAAAUGGACUUUAUAAGGAGCUUACUGAUAGUUCAUAUAGAUGUUAAAAACCGUAUAAUUUGACGAUUUUGUCAUAUGUUACUUUGUUAUUGUUAUAAAAAAAUGCUGUUUAAGGAGACAUUUAUCAUCAAAUAUUGCGUUUCAUGCACCUAAGGUUUAUUUGUAAAUUAUGUUGCAUGGUAUUAAAUGCCAUAUUUAUUUUAUCCUGACAUUCGAUGUUCAGUUUUAUGUUUAACUGUAAUUCCCUAUAACAGUUGUAUGAUUUUAUAUUUUUUAAUAUAAUAUGUUAAAAACUAUUGCUCUAUACUUUGAUCUUUAUACAAUAACGUGAUGAUAUUCCCGUAAAAUUACAGAUUUCCGUUAAAAUAUAGUCUCUGUAAUUUUACAGUACUUUUACUGUAAAAUUAACUUGUAAUUUACAGUAGUUCUAGUGUCCAAGCUGCCGUACUUUUUACCGUAAAAUAACUAAGAUUUUUUGUAUAUUAACAGUAUAUUGCACUGUAUAUUAAAGCUAUUUUUCUGGUUUAUAUAUUAACAUAAAGUUUCUGUAAAAUAACAGAUUUCUGUUAAAAUACAGUUUCUGUAAUUUUACAGUAAUUGCUCUGGCGUCCAAGCUGCCAGUACUUUUUACUGUAAAAUAACAGAGAUAUU